AUUUAAUAUUAAGAGUCUUUUUGUGUUUUUUAUAUUAAUCCAAGAUGGAUAUAAAGACCCUCUUAAAAGACGCACGGGCUGCGAUAAAAAAUAAAGACUUUCAAACAGCCAUGAAACUUUCUAAGUCUAUAAUAAAACAAGACAAAAACAAUUAUAUGGCCUUAGUACUGCUAGGAAUGUCUCUUCAAGAGAUUGGCCCCAUUGAACAUACACCCAAAGCGUUCCAGAAGGCUAUAGACUUAAAUCAAGAGAAUCCGUUGGCCUGGCAAGGCCUGAUCAGUUAUUAUGAGAAAGUUGAUAAUGAUGAGCUUAAAGGCGAGCUUGUGAAGGCCUAUUUGGCCUAUUUAAAAUUGGAGGUUCAGGAGCAUAAACUCGUUGACUAUUCAAAAAAACUUGUUAAACUGAAUGGUUAUGGUGACUUAAGAGAAAUAUAUGAUACAUUAAUGGCUGUGGAAAAAAAAUGUGUUGAGAAUAGUAGCAAAAGUGAAAUAUUGAGUUUAUUAAGAGAGACUUUAGAAUUGUUUCCUGAGGACAGGACAUCUUUGGAUUUAUAUGAAUCAUUUUAUGAGUUAUUUCCAGAAAAUUUUCCAGAGAAAGCUUACUCAACUUAUUUAAACCUUUUAAAUAAAUCAGGGCAAAUAAGUGAAGUGCUAAAACAUGCUUUAAAAAUGCAUGAAUUAUAUCCCUCUAACCCCCUAGCAUUAGGGUGGAUCUGCAAGGCUUAUAACCAAAAAGAAAUUGAUGAAAAUCUCAACAUUUCCAUUGAUAAUAUCUCUGAAUAUGUGGAUAAAUGUUUGAAAAUUGACCCUAAAAAUGCUAUGGCCCUUGUUUCUAAGGCCAUACUUUUAUGUGAGCAGGGACAAAUCAGUUCUGCUAAGGAUAUACUUAAAGAAGUGACUACCCAAAGGCCUGCUCUUGUGUAUGCCUGGAUAAUAUUAACUGACAUCUUAACCGAGCUGAAUUCCUUUAAAGAAGCUUUAAUUUCACUAAAUAAAAGUCAAAAAUUGGUAAAAGCUUUGAGCAAUCCUGAACCGUUUAUUGCCAAAGUGAACAUUCAAGAAAUUGGGGUUUUAGUACUGUCUGAAUGUCAUGAGGACUGGAAAAGAGCUCUAGAAUUAUAUGUGGAUUUGGGAGCAGGCAAGUCAAAAUGCCUUACAACUAUUUUAAACUUGCACUUAAAGCAAGGAAACUAUUUUGAAGUAGAAUCAAAUAUUUCUAAGCUGAAUGACCCCAAUUUGGCUCUAGUGUAUAAACUUCGAUUGUAUAAAUGCCAAAAGAAGUACUUGGAAGCUGAAAAAAUUAUAGCCGAAGCCAAUUUAAGUGGUUUCAUGGAUUGGUGGAUUGAAGUCGGGUUGGUUUAUUGGGAAAUGGGACAGUACAAGAAGUCCCUUGAGCCAUAUUUAAAGGCGGCCAAAUGUGAACCAAACAAUUAUAAACCGUUCGUCCAUUUAGGGCAUUAUUACUCUAGAGAUGGUCAGUUGGACAAGGCGAGGCGCUGUUAUGAAAAAGCCUUUAAAAUCAACUCUUCAUGCUCAGUAGCUGGAAGUGAAUUAAGUAAAAUAUAUAGAAAGCAAAAGAAUUGGGAGUCAAACUUAUCAUUACUAACCAGUUUGACUCAAGGUUACGCGGAUAAAUCGACAAUCUGGGCCUGGCUUCAGUUAGGUUUGACUUAUUUGGAACAAGGCGACCCGGUAAAAGCCCUGGAAUAUUUAAGGAUGGUGUUGAGAAUUGAGCCGGAAAACGUCCACUGUUGGGAAUCUUUAGCUGACGCGUAUUUCGCCAAAGGAGCCUUUACGUCCGCGCUAAAAUGCUACCAAAAAUCUACGGAUUUGUCGCAAUACUCUCUCUAUGCGGCCCUACAGGUGGCCUACAUAAAAAAGAUAUUAGGUGAAUACCCGGAUGCCCAAAAAGACUUUGAAAAUAUUUUAACAGAACAUCCGAAUUAUGUUCCUGCCCUAAAAGGGUUGAGCGAGACGAGUUUGUGUCAAGCCAAGGACUGUUUGAGGGACCAAAGACUGGGCACUGCAAGGGAUUAUGCUCAGUCUGCUGUGAAUAAAGUUACUCAGGCAGUCUUGCAACGUAGCGAACUCUCCUGUCUGUGGAAACUAUUGGCGGACAGCAUCCUCCUAGUUGCCAAGUUGCCGGAAAAAUACUCAUUCUUACGGAUAUCGCGGUCCUUACUUACCCCAGACCUCUCGACCGGUGACGUCAUUUUAGAACAAGAGGAAUUAUUCGAGUUCGUUGUAAAGUGCUAUUGUAAAUCUGUGAGUCUGAACAAGGAAAAUUCCUAUUUGUGGCACGACUUGGCAACGUGCUACUUACAGUUUGGCGUACACAUAAAGAAAAACGAUAAGAGUCGAUUGUUAGAGUGUGCCCUGUCUGCUGCUCACCACUGUACCACUCUAAAUCCGGAAAAUUGGCUACACUGGAAUCUUUUGGGCAACGUUGCCAUGUUAAAAGACCCUCCAAACUACGCUUUGGCCCAGCACAGUUUCAUAAAAGCGGUUAUAGCGGAGAGUAACAGUGCAAUAGCGUGGACUAACUUGGGCGUUCUUUACUUACUAAAGGAUGAUUUAAUAUUGGCCAAUAAGGCGUUCGGUGAGGGACAAAGGGCCGAUCCUAACUACGUCAACAGCUGGAUAGGACAGGCUUUAAUAGCUGAACUAAUGGACCACUCUGAUGCCAUGGAUUUAUUUAGGCACAGCACCCAAUUGGGGCAGCACCAGCAGGGCAGUAUUGGCUACGCCCAUUGGGUGUGUCACACGUUAAUCAAUUGCCCUUUGAACAAUGAAAAUGUUAAGUAUAACAUUUAUAAUAUGCAUGCUGUGCCUGUUGCUUACGACGCCAUCACUUGGUAUACAGAAAAAAACCCAGACAAUAGCUGCGCCUGGAACAUGCUAGGAAUCCUCUCCGAAAGAAUGGGACUACUGAAAACGUCAAAAAACGCCUUUAAACAGGCCUUUGCACUAUCGGCCAAAAGCCAUAAAGACAUCGCGAGAGUUAACUACGGUAGACUGUUGUACCGCACCGAAAACUACCGAGAGGCGAUCGAGAUGUUCGGUGGGGUCCAAGAAGCGACUUUUAGCAGCGGGGCUGGGUUAGCUUUAGCAUUAUUCCGCAAUGGGGAUUAUGAGAACUCUUAUGCGGCCUACGAACAGGCCUUACAUUGGCUUACGGACGAACAAACUUCCCAAUCCGAUCUUCUGGUCGCGUUGGCUUCUAUGGCUUAUAAGUUUCAAGGACCUGAUGCAGCUAAAACUCUUUUGUUUCAAAGUAUCAAUUUAAAACCGCCUUCGCCCUGGAGCCUUUACGCCACCUUCUCGUUAUCGUUGCUGCAUAACGAUAUGAAACUGGCCCAACUGGUACUGAAGGAACUGGUGAGCUACGAGAACCACGUGAAACUAAGCGAGGAGGAUUUUACGGAAUAUAUUUAUCAUUAUUCCACCCUUCUGGCUUAUGUUUACCUUUUACAGGACAACAAAAGGGAUGCAGUGUGUGACUUAAGUAAACUCCUCCAUAAACACCCGAAUAUCGGUUCGGUUUGGAUAGUGCUGUCCCGUUUGAUGCUCAGGAUGGAGAAGGACAAAAACCGGUUGCAAGCCGGUGCGAAAUGUGCCCGUAGCGGCUUGAAGUUGGGACAGAAAAAUAUGAACGUGUCGAAGAUUUUCGAAACCUGAAAAGGAAGCCAAAAGUCUUGCUUAAAUUGUGCAAGUUACGGGUGCUAAAUUAAAAGUUGUAGUCCAGCUAAAAUGAUGUUUUUCAAAAACGGUAAAUCUGAAAUGCAGUUUUACAAAAUUCAUGUUGGUCAUAGCCAGGAGAGAUCUUGGACAUCUGUGUUUAAUUAAGAGAUAAAGAAUAAGUAUUUGCUUCAAAGAUGGGUAUAAUAUAUAGCAAAAAUACCCUUGCAGUUUAUCGAUUAUUUGUAGAGAUAAGAUACUGAGUUUCCAAUUUAUUGACAAAGAAAGACUUACAUCAAACAUCAUAAAUUUAUUUAAUUUAAAAGGCUCCCCUGUAUGAUAUCCAAAUGACGUGUAGAGGUAUUGGCUUAAUAAGCUGAGAGAUAGUGCCUCUUUUUAUAAGCCCUAGCAUAGACUUAAUUUUGAGGAUUUUUUAUUAAUACUUAUGAUACAGGCCAAGAAGAUUUGAUUGAAGUGAUUUUGAGGAAGACUAACAUAAUGUAUGAACGGUACACAUGGUAGAAAUUGUCAAAGUUGUCUAUUUUCCUAAUUUGGUUAUAUGUAAUUUAAAAUAGGCACAUUCAAGUGUUUUUACAUCACAAAAAUUUACAAUAGUCAGUAUGAUAAAUUUGUGGUAAUUUUUUGUAAUAUUUCAUGUGCCAAUUGUCAUUCACCUGAGGAGUAUUGUAGUCAUUAUAUCUGGUGAUGUAAAAUAAAAAAGUUGGAUUAUUA